AUGGCACGGAAUCUCCGUUCGUCCUCCCACGCAAGGUCAAACGACUCCCGACCCUCGACACCAGCGCAAAACACGGCCAAUAUGGCUUCUUCUUUCACAGAUUCCAUCAGACCGCGUAAACAGCGCCGAACUGGAAGGACUUCGCGAGUAGCGACAGAUCCACUUCGAGACACGCCGGUUUCAAGCCAGUCGCAACCCGAUCAGCCUGAAGAGACCCAAGCGAAUGGAGUUAAUGGUACACAAUUGCCUGAACAGAACGGGGAUUGGGCUGAGCCAGAACUGAGAGCACCUGUGCCGAGCUAUGAUGAUACGCCCUGGUCAGCGGUAUCGAGCAGCGCAAACCCCGUACUAGGAACUAUGCGCCCAUUAGGCGUAAUGCCCUCUGCCGCGGAUAUGCGCAAGGUUGGGCUGGCACCAUCCAAGCCGGGUACCCCUAGCAUUCCUGCCAGGAAAGAACUGCAACCCGAAGUAAAUGGGGAGAAGAACGAUGACAUUCAAACUCCUCUGACACCCGAGGAGCAGGCUCCUGAGCCGGUUCCGCACAAGCCUACGAUCGAAGAAGAUCUAGCAGCAUUCGCAAUCUUACCUGUUCCCGAUCCUGGGGACGCCGACAUCGACACGCUCAAGGAUGCUGUCCAAAGCGCCAUACGAUUGGCUUCGAACGCCGAUAACCGCCCCGUCAUCAAGGGGCUACUCAGUAUGUGGGAAAAGUGUGGCAAUGACCCCUAUGCGCUCAAUAUUCUAGAUGGGGUUUGUCAGGAAACACCCGACUCCCCGCAGAGGUCCAUGUUCCAAAAGGUGAUACAAGGUGCUUGGGGCGAACUGGAAUCCCAAGAUGUUGCAGGUAACGAAACCACUACAUUACCAGCCCCUCGACGGGGUCGUUCUGGUAGUAGUGAAUCUACUCUAUCGUCUGCGAAGUCACUUGAUGCCGAGACCUAUGCGCCUGCCGUAGCUUCCGCGGCUUCCGCUGGACACACCAAGAAAGGAAAGCAGGCCAAGAAUACAAAGCAAAAGAAGAAUGUUCCGGAACGUCGCUCCGUGUUGGCAUCCGGUGACCAUCAGCGGCAGACGGCAUCGGAAGACCCUGAGCUUUCAACGGAGGCUGUGCAAGCAAAGAGAACUCGAUUGCGGAAGUCUCUCCCGAAGAUUGUGGCUCCCGAAAGUAGGCUCCGUUCUUCUUUGGCUACAAAUCCUCGAUCAAACUUGUCUUCUCCUGGUCCAGUCAGGAAGGGUGUAGAUGAUUCCGCCGACGAUGCGAGAACGCGGACAGAGCGCUCAGAAAGUGUGUCGAGCAGUGAUGCCGGCGAUAACAGGCGCAUUACACCUUCCCUAAGUGACGACGAGCCCGCAGAAAAUAAUGAUUUCUGUCGAAACUGUAACCGCAGUGGGCGACUCUUAUGCUGCGAUGGUUGUGUGCUGUCGUUCCACUUUUCCUGCUUAACGCCACCAUUGGAUCCUGCAAACCCCCCGGAUGGUGAUUGGUUUUGUCCAAAAUGCUCGGUAUCGCAAUCGAUGAAUACUCUACUCGGCGGCAUGGACAAGGUCUCGGAUAGAGACUUCGCACUACCUUCUCGCAUUCGAGACUUCUUUGCUGGUGUCCGCACCAAUGACGAGGGAAAAUACGAAGAGGUCGCAUCGUUACCGCGCCUCAAUCCGCGUGCCGCUCGGGGAAGCCGCACUGGUCGCUACGAUGACCCAUUCCUGUUACGAACCGUUGAUGCAAAGGGAAACCUCAUUUUCUGCGUCAAGUGUGGGCGCACCACUAAUGGCUGCCGGCCUAUCAUACAGUGCGAUUAUUGCCCCUGUGCGUUCCAUAUGGACUGCGUUGAUCCACCACUCGCUGUUCCACCUACCCAGCGACCUGGCAGCGAUCGCCUCCAUCACACUUGGAUGUGUCCGAACCACGCCUUACAUGACAUGAAAUACACUGUCACGGAUGAAGAAGGAUAUGAAACAGUUAAACGCAUUCGCCGCCCAAAGAACCCCCGUUAUGUUGAUAUUGAGAUUCUCCCAGAAGAUGAUGAGGAUGAGAACCUGGAGGACCACGAAACGGAAAAUGUUACUUACCGUGUUUCUGAGAGAGGUGUUAAGCUCGACUUCAUCGAGAGAGUCAAAAGAGAAAACGAAAACAAUGCGGCAAAGAAAGAAGCAGCCAAUAGGUACUUCGAGUACGCAAAGGCGAGCUUUGAUAACCUCACCUCCAAGGCAACCGCUUUUUACGCUUCUCAAAAGCCAGCUGUUCCAGAUGAGGAUAUCACAACCUCAAUAUUGAAUUCGCGGACUGUGGCGGAGCGCGAAGCAGCUGCAAACUUGAUAUCCUUCGCGCAGAGCAAUCAGGUCACCUGCCGAAACGAAGAGGACGGCAAAAUCAGUCUCUUGAUCGACCAACUCAAGGCAAAUGAGCCCAAGAACGUCCCUGCGCCAAACGACGAGAUUUCCUCCCUUCGUGCUCUUCAAAAACUCAUUGAACAACGCAUCAGUGUGUUGAACCCCCAAUGCGCUACCGCUCCCGAGGACGCUCGGUCCCCUGAAGUUCAGCCUACCUCAACUGAACAAACGGCAGCGUCCCCUCAAUAA